AUGGAACUUUGGCCGACGCUGUUCCCCGUCCUUUUGUUGUGCACACUCCUUCCUUUAAGCGACUGUGACGAGCAGCGAGUCCCCGAAGAUAAACUUGUGGUGGUGACCGUCGCAACCAAGGAGACUGAUGGCUUCAAACGUUUUAUGAGAUCAGCAAAACAUUUUAAUUACACUGUAAAGGUUCUCGGUCGGGGUCAAAAAUGGAAAGGAGGAGAUUACUUGUCUCCUGGGGGAGGUCAGAAAGUGCGAAUUCUGAAAGCAGCCCUGGAAAAAAUGAAGGAUGAAGAUAAAAUCAUUCUUUUUGUUGACAGUUAUGAUGUUAUUUUCGCAUCAAGUCCUAAAGAGCUACUUAAGAAGUUUAUGCAAGCCAAUCACAAGGUGGUCUUCUCCUCUGAGACACUGAUAUGGCCCGACAGACACUUGGAGGACAAAUAUCCACAUGUCCGGGAGGGUAACAGGUUCCUUGGAUCAGGGGGUUUUAUUGGCUACCUUCCCAACAUCAAGGACAUGGUUGCUGGGUGGGCAGGAGAAGACGGUGACAGUGAUCAGCUGUUUUUCACCAAGAUUUAUAUCGACCCUGAGAAAAGAAAAUCCAUAAAUAUUACACUGGACAGCAAAUGCAGAUUGUUUCAGAAUCUUCAUGGAUCUCUUGACGAAGUGGUCCUAAAAUUUGAGGAGCGACAUGUGCGAGCCAGGAAUUUACUGUAUGAUACUUUACCAGUUAUCAUCCACGGGAAUGGGCCAAACAAGCUUGAACUUAACUACCUUGGUAACUACAUACCAAACACGUGGACAUUUGAGACGGGCUGCACAGUUUGUCAAGAGGACCUACGGCCACUCAGGAACCUUAAAGAAAGUGAAUAUCCUUUGGUGGUGAUUGGCGUUUUCAUCCAGCAGCCCACCCCAUUUGUCACCGUAUUUUUUGAACGCCUGCUGAAGCUUCAGUAUCCUAAAAACAGGCUAAAGCUCUUUAUUUUCAACAAGGAGCCUCAUCACGAGCGUGAAGUCAGGUCUUUCCUGCAGGACCAUGGAAGUCUUUAUCUGGAUGUCAAGUUUGUUGGUCCCGAAGAGGAAAUGGAUGUAGCAGCUGCACGCAAUAUGGGCUUUGAUAUGUGCAGAAAGCAGACAGACUGUGACUAUUUCUUUAACUUGGACGUUGAAGUUGUUUUGAAGAAUGAAAACACACUCAAAAUUCUCAUUGAACAAAACCUGCCAAUCGUGGCACCACUGUUGACACGGAGUGGCCGACUGUGGAGUAACUUCUGGGGAGCCCUGAGCGCAGAUGGCUACUACGCUAGGUCGGAGGAUUACGUGGACCUCGUUCAAGGACGCAGGGUGGGAAUAUGGAAUGUGCCAUAUGUAACCAGCGUGUACCUGAUGAAGGCCAGCCUCCUUCGCUCAGAGCUCUCAGACGGUGAUCUUUUUCAUUCAAAUUCCUUGGACCCAGACAUGGCCUUUUGCCAACAUGUGCGAAGCAAGGGAGUCUUCAUGUAUGUAACAAACAUGGAAACUUUUGGCCGCAUCCUAUCAACAGACAACUGUCAGACCAGUCAUCUGCAUAAUGAUCUGUGGCAAAUCUUUGAAAAUCCAGAGGACUGGCAAGAGCGCUACAUUCAUGAGAACUACACGCACAUUAUGAAAGAUAAACUCAUUGAAACUCCCUGCCCUGAUGUAUACUGGUUUCCAAUUUUCAGCGAUGUUGCUUGCAACCACUUGGUUGAAGAAAUGGAACACUUUGGGAAAUGGUCAGGAGGCGGUAAUAAGGACAACCGAAUCCAAGGCGGCUAUGAAAAUGUCCCUACCAUUGACAUCCACAUGAAUCAAGUCAACUAUGAUAAGGAAUGGCACCAGUUUUUACUGGAGUACAUUGCACCGAUAACGGAGAAAAUGUAUCCUGGGUACUACACUAAGUGCACUACUCCCUUGAACUUCGUGGUGAGGUACAAACCCGACGAGCAGCCCCUGCUCGAACCUCACCAUGACGCCUCCACAUUCACUAUAAACAUUGCUCUCAACAGUAAAGAAGUUGACUACCAGGCUCAUUUUGACUUGGCCUUUGUAGUUAGAUAUAAACCCGAUGAGCAGCCAUAUUUGAGGCCACAUCACGACGCCUCCACAUUCACUAUAAACAUAGCACUCAAUCAGAGGGGGCCUGAUUACCAGGGUGGAGGAUGCAGGUUCCUCCGCUACGACUGCUCCGUCGAGGCUCCCCGUAAAGGAUGGGCCCUCAUGCACCCUGGCCGCCUCACUCACUACCACGAAGGACUGCCCACCACAGCUGGCGUUCGCUACAUCGCAGUGUCAUUUGUGGACCCUUGA